GUUUUUUUUUUCUCCUCCUCCGGUCGCCAUUUUGUUGUCUUGUGAGGGAGGUCGGGCUCUGAGGAAAGGACUGAGCCCGGUGUGCUCGGUAGCCUUGGGGACGUGCUCGGAUACGGUGUUCGGCGGAGAAAUGAUGUCAGGCGGGGAAGGUCCUUCCGAGCAAGCUGCCGAAUAUGUACCAGAAAAGGUGAAGAAAGCGGAAAAGAAGUUGGAAGACAACCCGUAUGAUCUCGACGCCUGGAGCAUUCUCAUUCGCGAGGCACAGAAUCAGCCUAUAGACAAAGCACGGAAGACAUAUGAACGGCUUGUGGCCCAGUUCCCAAGUUCUGGCAGAUUCUGGAAACUUUACAUUGAAGCAGAGGUUAAAGCUAAAAAUUACGACAAAGUAGAGAAGUUAUUUCAGAGAUGUCUGAUGAAAGUUUUACAUAUAGAUCUGUGGAAAUGUUACGUGUCAUAUGUACGAGAAACAAAAGGGAAACUUCCAAGUUACAAGGAAAAAAUGGCUCAGGCUUACGACUUUGCUCUUGAUAAAAUUGGCAUGGAAAUAAUGUCCUACCAGAUAUGGGUGGAUUACAUAAACUUUUUGAAGGGCGUGGAAGCUGUGGGAUCCUACGCAGAAAAUCAAAGAAUCACAGCCGUCCGUAGGGUUUACCAGAGAGGUUGUGUCAAUCCCAUGAUUAACAUUGAGCAGCUCUGGAGAGAUUACAACAAGUAUGAGGAGGGUAUUAAUGUUCACCUAGCAAAGAAAAUGAUAGAAGAUCGGAGUAGAGAUUACAUGAAUGCCAGGAGGGUUGCAAAGGAGUAUGAAACUGUGAUGAAAGGAUUGGAUCGUAAUGCUCCCUCAGUGCCCCCUCAGAAUACCCCGCAGGAAGCUCAACAGGUGGAGAUGUGGAAAAAAUAUAUUCAGUGGGAGAAGAGCAAUCCACUUCGAACUGAAGACCAGACCCUUAUAACAAAAAGAGUCAUGUUUGCUUAUGAACAGUGUCUGCUGGUUCUGGGACAUCACCCAGACAUCUGGUACGAAGCUGCCCAGUACCUGGAGCAGUCUAGCAAGUUGCUUGCUGAGAAAGGAGAUAUGAACAAUGCAAAGCUAUUUAGUGAUGAAGCUGCCAAUAUUUAUGAACGUGCUAUUAGUACUCUGCUAAAAAAGAAUAUGCUGCUGUAUUUUGCCUAUGCUGACUAUGAAGAGAGUCGCAUGAAGUAUGAAAAGACGCACAGUAUAUAUAAUCGGCUUCUUGCAAUAGAAGACAUUGACCCUACACUGGUUUAUAUCCAGUACAUGAAAUUUGCUAGAAGGGCAGAAGGAAUUAAAGCAGGAAGAAUGAUCUUCAAAAAAGCCAGAGAAGAUGUUCGCACCCGUCACCAUGUAUACGUCACAGCGGCCUUAAUGGAGUAUUAUUGUAGCAAGGACACAUCAGUGGCCUUUAAAAUUUUUGAAUUAGGUUUAAAGAAGUAUGGAGACAUUCCAGAAUAUGUUCUUGCUUAUAUUGAUUAUUUAUCUCACCUCAAUGAGGACAACAACACUAGAGUAUUAUUUGAACGAGUUUUAACAUCAGGAAGCCUUCCCCCAGAGAAGUCAGGUGAGAUCUGGGCCAGGUUCCUUGCAUUUGAAAGUAAUAUUGGUGAUUUAGCAAGUAUUCUGAAAGUGGAAAAGCGAAGAUACACUGCCUUUAAAGAAGAGUAUGAGGGGAAAGAGACAGCUCUGCUGGUGGAUCGGUACAAGUUCAUGGACCUUUAUCCCUGCUCUACAAGUGAACUUAAAGCUUUAGGAUAUAAAGACGUUUCUCGUGCUAAAUUAGCAUCAAUGAUCCCAGACCCUGUGGUAGCACCUUCUAUAGCCCCAUCUCUUAAGGACGAAGUUGACAGAAAACCUGAAUACCCCAAACCAGACACCAGCCAAAUGAUUCCAUUCCAGCCUAGACACCUUGCCCCUCCUGGCCUUCAUCCAGUACCUGGAGGGGUGUUCCCAGUGCCUCCUGCUGCUGUUCUAUUAAUGAAGCUGCUGCCUCCACCAAUGUGCUACCAGGGACCCUUUGUGCAGGUGGAUGAACUUUUAGAAAUCUUCCGCCGCUGCAAGAUCCCAGAUACUGUUGAAGAGGCUGUGAGGGUGAUAACUGGAGGCCAGGCAGAACUCUUAAUGGAAGGCAAUGGCCCAGUUGAAGCAAACACUCUAAUAAAUAAAUCUGUUAAAAGACCCAACGAAGAUUCUGAUGAGGAUGAAGAAAAGGGAGCAGUGGUGCCCCCCGUCCAUGACAUCUACAGAGCUCGGCAGCAGAAGAGGAUUCGGUGAACUGGUGUUAAACAGUGAAACAAACAUUUAUCAACCAUUGUAUUGUCUCUGCCUCAAACCUGCUUAAAAGACAACUUAUCUUGUUUUUGGCAUCUUGAAAAUGAGAUUGCAUCAGUGGCAGUAUGAAAAAAACUUUAAGAAACGUUCUCCUGGAAGGAGUCAAGAAAUGUACAUACUCCUUGGUUUUCCUUACCUGUGUUUUUAUCGGAAGACUCACUAGGGGCUCCAAAGGUUUAUUUUAAAGAAAACUGGAACAUUUAUAAUUUUUUUUUUCUUUUAAAAAGUCUACUCAACAAUUGGCACCAGUCCCUCUGAUAUCAUUCAUGUUACUUGUGGCACAAUACCAGACACCGUAGAAUUUUUUUUAUUUGCAGCUGAGUGGAUUUCAAUCGUGUACACUAGAGGGCACUGCAGCCUUUUGCCUUGUGUUUUUUUUUUUAAAUGACUCCGCUGCUAUUUUAAAAGAACACUGUAAGAUGGAAAGCAAAGAACCAACCAUCAUGAAAAACACUUCUGCAUUUGUACUUUCUGUAAAUUGCACAAGUUAAAUAAAUUCAGUGCUAGUAUUGUCCAUGUUGCACUGCAAAAGACUUCAGGGAAAAAACCCUAAAACAGUAACUGAAAAAAAAAAAAAAAGUAAAAAGCUUUAAGUGCAAAAUCUACUCCCAUCAGCUUUCUGUUUUGUACAUGGUCCUCCUUUUUUUCAUAAAAUAAAUAUUAAAUUCUUCAUGUGAGGUCGCUUUCUUCUGCUGUAGAAGGAGUGAUUUCUUCUUAGUUUCCUUGAGAUGUGAUCACUUUUAUGUUUUAUUUUUUUUCCAUUCAAAUUUGUUUUGCAUAAUAAAAGAAUAAACCAACCUUGUUCCAA